CCUUUGACAUCGUGCGAUUAGUGAACUACACCGGACAGAUCUUGACUUGACAUUUAUGAUGGUUUAGCAAAGAAAUGCCUAAAUUUGCCUUCUGAUUUUGAAGCAGAAGACGAUUAUCCUAAGAGGUCUUUACAUCAAUAUCACCAUGGCUGUUCAAGUUCAACCCAAGGACGUGAAGAAAAUGAUGACACCAUCGCUUGGAACAACAGCAGCGAUGGGACCAGGCACUGCUCUUCCAGGGUCUUCUACAGCGCCUCCCGCUGUUCAGGAAUUUUCAAUCAAAGUACCUAAGAAUAGUAAAAAGAAAUUUCACAUGAUGCGGUUUAAUUCAACUUUAAAUGUUGACUUCACCAAGUGGAAACAAGUCAGGAUGGAGAGAGAAAACAAUUCUAAAGAAUUUAAGGGAUUUGAUGAAGACAUGCCCAAAUUUGGAGCAGGUAGUGAGUUUGGUCGAGAGGCACGUGAAGAAGCACGCCGUAAAAAGUUUGGAAUUGUUGCAAGGAAGUACAAACCAGAUGAUCAGCCUUGGAUUUUGAAAGUAGGAAGUGGCAAGAGUGGUAAAAAGUUUAAAGGUAUCCGUGAAGGUGGUGUAUCAGAAAAUGCUGGAUAUUAUGUGUUUAUGAAGGCAGAGGAUGGUGUCAUUGAAGCCUACCCCUUGCAAGAAUGGUACAACUUUCAACCUAUUCAAAGGUAUAAAGCUCUGUCAGCUGAGGAGGCAGAGGAAGAGUUUGGCAGACGUAACAAGCAACAGAAUUUCUUCUCCCUCAUGAUGCGCAAAAGGCUUCGGCCUGAAGAGGAUAUAGAACUUGAUGACCCAGAUGAAACCAAAGGGAAGCGAAAGGCAGGCGGUGGCAAAAAGUCAAAAGAACUGAAAAUAUCUGACAUGGAAGAGUGGAUGGACUCAGAAGAUGAUUCUGAUUCAGAUGAAAACGAUGAGAAAGAAGAGGAUAAGGAAGAAAAAGCUCAGAAAAAGAAGAAGGGCAAGAAGGAGGCUGAUGCCAAGAAAAAGAAGAAAAAGAAAGAUUCUGAUGAUGAGGCUUUUGAAGAGAGUGAUGAUGGUGAUGAAGAAGGGCGAGAGCUAGAUUAUAUUUCUGAUUCAUCUGUUAGUGUUUCAGACCAUGAUGAAAAGGCUAAGGAUGAAAUGAAGGGUGUUGCUGAGGAAGAUGCCUUGAGAAAACUUCUUACUUCAGACGAAGAUUCUGAUGAAGAUGAGGACAAGAAGAAAGAAGGUGAAGAGAACAGUGAUGCUGAUGAGAAGAAAGAGGGAGAAGAAGGCAAAAAGGAUGAAAAAGAUGCUAAAAAGUCUUCUGGGGACAAUGAGAAAGUCAAGAAGAAAAAGAAGAAGAAGCGUGAAUCAGAUGCCCCUGCUUCUCCAUCUAAUAAGAAUUCGUCCAACGGAAAUGAUAAAAAGGACAAAGGAAAUGACUCAGCUAGUGAUGGUAGUGAUGCUUCUGACACUGAAUCGAAGAAGAAAGAUAAGAAAGACUCCAAGGAUUCAAAUAGUGGCAACAGUUCACGCUCCGCCAGUCCGGCUCUGCAGGCCGACGGCAAGAGGAAGGCCACUACCGACGCGCUGAAUGCUGUGGCCGCCAAGAAGGCCAAACUGGACAACUUCGCGUCUGCGUCUGCAGCACCUUACCUCGCUGGCGCUAGUGAGGCGGGCAUCACCGAGGACGCCGUCAGACGGUACCUCAUGCGGAAGCCGAUGACGACCACCGAACUCCUGCAGAAGUUCAAGAGCAAGAAGACUGGGCUCAGCUCCGAGCAACUCGUUAAUAUAAUGACUCAAAUCCUUAAGAAAAUCAACCCUGUUAGGCAGACAAUUAAGGGAAAAAUGUAUUUAUCUAUUAAGGCUCAAGGCGUGCCUAAUCCACCGGCACCGGAUCCAGCUACUUAGAUAAUUAAUUGUUGUUGUUUUUUUAAGAAAGAAAUUUCAUUUUUUUAAUGUACAAUAAUUAUUGUUAAUUUAUUCUGUUCUGUACAUCUUUCAUGUAAAUAAACACAAUCUGACUGCAAUCUCUUAAA